CAUCGUAAUUUCUCCUCUUUUCUGUAUAUCCAUCUAGGGUUUUUGUUCCUAAUUUAAAUUCCCCCAAAUUAAUGGCCAAGAAGAGGAAAUCCGAAGCCACGCGCCUCGAUGAGGUCGAUCGAGGGAUGUACACCACUUUCUGCAGCGCGGCCAACUCCCUCUCCCAACUCUACACGCACGCGAUGCACCAGCAGCGCCUCUCCUUCCAAGCCGGUGAACGCCACUCGAUGGAUAAGCUUUACAAUUGGAUAUUAAGACAGCAAGAGCACGGAAUUAGAGUGACGAGUGGCGACAUACUCGCAUAUCUGCAGAACGAACUUGAUUAUGGAACAGAAGAACCUCCCCCAUCCCCAAGGCUUCCCCUGCAGCAACCACAGACUAAUAAUUUAAUGCAGUUACCUCAAACAGGACUUCCCAUAUCUUCUAAUUCAUUUGGUCCUGCAACUGUUGGACAAGGACUUCGUGUAGGAAAUUCAGAUCAAAGUAAGAAUUCUGUGUUUUCAAAUGCUCUCUCUAGUCCAGUGCGUCGGACUCUCCAGCACUAUCACUUAUCACAGGGCGGUUUCUCCUCUAACAAUGCCAUACGGAAUAAUGAGAACAGCACCAAUCAAAACAGAGACACCAACCCAAGUUCCAACGACACAUCAAUGGAUAUGCAUUCUGACAGUCCAGGUCACGACUCUCCUUACUGAAGAAGUCAAAUGUAUGUUAUGGAGUCGGAGAAUCCCCUCUGGUGAUGAGAAAGCGAUGGAAUUAUGGUUUUGGUGGUGGUGGUGACAACGGUGGUGGUACUAAAAGAAGCAAAUUGAAAAGGGGAAAGUGUAAAAGAAGCCAAUUGAAGUGUGAAAAAAGGUGUUGGAAGUGCAUACUGCAUAGGUCCCAGUUGAAAAGGAUUAAAUAGUUUGAAUGGAGACAUAGUUUCUCCCCAUGUUUAUGUUUGUCUAGUAUUGUCCUGAUGAUUCUCAGUUUCUUGCGUUUUUGAAACAUCGAAUGUGUCGAAAUAUCCAAUAUAUAGAUAUAUUCAUUUAAAUUUUCUUCUCA